AUGCCUCUCACCGGAAAAGUAGCUCUCAUCACCGGCGGCACGAAGAACCUCGGUGCCGAAAUCGCCCGCCAGCUUGCUGGCCAGGGAGCUCACCUCGCCCUACACUACAACAGCCAAGGUUCUAAGAUCGACGGCGACAAGCUGAAAGCCGAGCUUCAAAAGUCGUCUCCCAAGUCCAAGGUCGCUCUGUACCAGGGCGACCUGACGACGAAGGCGGCCGUCGAUGGCUUGUUCGCGGCUGUGCUGAAAGACUUCGGGGGGUUGGAUAUCGUCGUUAACACUGUGGGCAAGGUCUUGAAGAAGCCUAUUACGGAGAUUUCCGAGGCCGAGUACGAUGAGAUGUUUGCGGUCAAUUCCAAGGCUGCGUUCUUCAUUCUCCAAGCCGGAGCCAAGAACGUCUCGGAUGGUGGCAAGUUGAUCACCAUUGUUACUUCGCUCUUGGCUGCCUUUACCGGAUUUUACACAUCCUAUGCCGGUUCGAAAGCCCCUGUCGAACAUUUUACAAGGGGAGUCGCCAAGGAGCUUCAAAGCCGCAAAAUCAGCGUGAAUGCCAUUGCCCCCGGUCCUAUGGACACUCCAUUCUUCUAUCCCCAAGAAUCGGAGGAAGCCGUAGCGUACCACAAGAGCCAGGGGAUGGGAGGCCGCUUGACGGAGGUUGAAGACAUUGCUCCUAUUGUCAAGUUCUUGUGUACCGAGGGCCAGUGGAUAACUGGUCAGACAAUCUUUGCCAAUGGUGGAUACACCACCCGGUCAACAGGACUAUCAACACCAACGAGAUUCUCGCACCACCCCAAAACCAAGAGCCAGACGCGCCUGAAUAUCAAAACAAUAGAAGACCGAAGGAUGACACUGAAGCGCAAAGCCUCUAUUUCUACAACAGAUGUGAGCGCGAGUCCUCUUCCUCCAUCAAAAAGAGUCCGAGCGGAAGGCCAAGACAUGGAGAGCGGACACAACUCGAGAAGACAGGAAGAUGCCGAGAGUUCAAACAGCUUUGGUCAACCAUACAGCGUAGUAUUCAGCGCUGUGAUCAAAGGUGGUGGUGUGGAAACCCGGCCGGAUGGAUCCUCAGCAUCAAAAGAUGGCGAAAAAGAAGAAGAGGAGGAGAGGGAAGAAGAAGAUGAAGAUGAAGAGGAAGAAGAAGAGGAAGAAGAAGAGGAAGAAGAAGAGGAAGAAGAAGAGGAAGAAGAAGACAUAAAUCCGUGGGCAGAUGAAUUCCCAGAAGGGCAAGGAGUAUGGGAGCAAAAACAGAAAGAAAGAGAAGAGGAAGAGGCAGCAGCAAGGAAGGAAGAGGAGGAGUCGGAAGAAGAAGAAGAGGAAGAGGAAGAGGAAGAAGAGGAUAGCGAUGAUGAUGACGGGGAGGAAAGACCUACCAUCGCACCAUGGAUACAAAGAGUCUUGGAUAGCACCCCCUCUCCCGAAUCUGAGUGGGCACAGGAAGGCCCAUCAGAGCCAGAAUCAGAAUCGGAAUCGGAAGCAGAAUCGGAAGCAGAAUCGGACGUAGAACUCGAAUCGGAAGACAACAGACUGCCGAGCGAUUCGGACUCCAAUUUUACAUCUGACUCUGGAGACGACAAACCAAACACAGGCUUUUACGGAGAGCUCGUCGACUUCGGCUUCCUCCUCGGCGUUGCCCGGAAAAGAAAGCUCAUCGUCUGCGAGAGGCUCAAAUCGGGCGGAUAUCCCGCCAAGCAAGGCUGGCAGAUUGUCGACUGGCUACAGCAGAGAGGCAACAUCAGGAAGCUGCAUUACGGGAUCAAGUUCGUCAGCCCGCCGCGAAGCCCGCCGGGACGGAACAAACAGGAGCGGGAGAUAAGAGACGAAGGACAAUGGGCGCCAGCAGUCCUCGACAGGAUCGCCAAUGCGACAAACAGGAAUAGGUUUUACCAUACGUUGAAGACGCGCCUGGCGCAGUCGAAUUCAGUGACCUGGGCGUGGAUCAUUAACAUUAUGUCCCGCGAGGCGGUGACGCUGGAGGUGUACGGCCCGCCGAAACAAGACUUUAUUCGCGACGUGGAGUAUCACUACUUCGAUAAAGUUGACCCAGAGGACGGCUGGGGCAUGAUGACAACUAGACCGGCUCGGCUCCGCAGGUACCUGCAUGAAGAGAUAAUGGAGAUGAAGAACUUCCUCGAGCUGCAGAUAAGCGUCUUCUCCGCCAUUACUUUAGUCCCAGGUAGUGAUAGAUUCCAACUCUUGGACGUGGCACCUCUUGAGGGUCUACACCGUCUCUACGUCAACACUUGGGAUAACGAUAGCCAUUUAUUCGAGCCAAUCGAAGCUGGCGAUGGGGUCAUUGGCUACGCGGGACAGGUUCUCACUCCCAUUGGCAGUCCACCCCCGACCGAUAUCCGAUGGCCCCCGAAGUUCCUGGACUUAGACCUCGCUUCGGAAGACGAAAGUGAUUUGAGUUACGCCACGGGUUCUGAGUCUGAUGACACGGAAGGUACCUCCACGGGGCCGACUCCCGACUCGCCCGAUGCGGGAAAUACGGAUGACAGUUUGAUGCGAUCGGCUCGGCCUGACGAGUCCGAUUCGGACAUGAGCGGAUAG